AUGGAGCUACCUCCACUUCCUCCAGCUGCCGAGAGCUCCGGCAAAUCACCCGAUGCUCCGGCAGCGCCGGUGUCCCCGAGCGCGGCCCAUGCAUUGAAGCUCUGCAUUUCUGGAUUAGAUGGAUAUGAGCUGAAGAUCUCUGUGGAUGAUGCCCUCCUCGGCAGCGAAUUGUUGGACCUUGUGAAGAUGCAGCUUCCAUCAAAGCCAGGAGCCAUGCUUUCCUUGCUUGUGAACAACUCCAUGCUCUCCUUGAAUGAGACGCUGAAGGAGCAAGGCUUUCAGAAGGACCAAUCCCUUCACUAUUGCUACACCACCGCGAAUGCGGGCGAGGCUUGGAAAGCCCUGAUGGGUUUCAAAGUGGAGAAGGCCAAUGAAGUCUUGGAGGGAGUCCUGAAGCUGCAGACUGAGACACAGGUGAACGUCACUCAGCUCUGUCAUUUGCAGAGCUUGAGGUUGGGCCAAGCUGAGUUGCUCUUGGAGGAGCUGGGCGAUCAUGGGGCCGACAGGGCGAUCAUGGGCGAAAGCUUUGUUUGUCGUUAG